UCGCGGCGCUCUCUCGGCUGGCAGUCGACGUUCGUAAAUGGCGACAUACCGAUGUCGAAUGUUCGCAGCGAAUUGGUGAAUCGUCGUACGUGAUGACGGCUCGUCACUGAACCUCGGACGGCGAUGGGCACGCAAAAGCCGAAAGAAUGGGCGAAUUUGCUGAUCACACGUUUCGAGGAACAGUUGCCGUGUCGCAGUGGCCCACAAACCACCGACUCUCGUAUGAACGAGGAAAGAAACAAAAAAUGCUUGAUACAGAUCUCUCGCUAUCGUUUCUCUCUUGUAAUAUCGAGUCUUACUAAGAUACUCCAAAAUGUUAAUGAAAUGGUACCAUGUGUUGGAGGUCAACGUAUUUUCCAUAGUACAGACCAAGAUCGGCAUUGUUAUGAAUCUAUCAUCAUUGUUUUGGACACUUUGGAAAAGUGUCUUGCAAAUCAACCAAAAGACACUGUCAAAUAUGAUGAGGCUAUGAAUGUAAAGUUUCUGCUUAGAGAAAUAUGCCAAUUUAUAGAUAUACCAAAUGAUAGCCCCCAACAUACUCAUUUAAAAAAUUUGGCAAGCAAAGUGUUGUUUGCAUUGAGCUUAAACUUUUUCAAUGCUGUAUUCAACAGAAUAUCAGCUAGACUUCAGGAACUAGCAAAGUGUGGAGAUGAAAAUGCUGAUUACAGUGAUAUCGAAUUAAUUCAGCAUAUUAAUGUGGAUGUUUAUAGACUAAUAAAACUUUUAAAUGAGACUAUCCAAAAAUUUAAACUGCUUAAGAAAUCAGCACAUAUAGUUCUUAUGAAUUCAUUGGAAAAAGCAAUCUGGAAUUGGAUGGACACGUACCCACAUGAAUUUACUGAUAUCCAAAAAAAGCCUAACGAGGAGCUUGGAAAAGCUUGUGAAGAACUAUUUGACAUUCUUGACACAUUUGCAGACAAUAAAAAAGGAAGAACUGCAGCUGUUUGGCCUUUACAAAUUAUGCUCCUGAUACUUUCACCAAAAGUCUUGGAAGAAAUAGUUAAUGCUGAUUCUGGUUCCCCUUGUUCGGCAAAGCAUCUAAAGAAAAAACAAUUCAUUGACAGUGUUAAACGAGGUCUAGGAAUGCAUGGUAGCUCUAGCAGACAACUAGUAGAAGCUGCAGCAGUCACCUGUAUUAAACUUUGUAAAGCAUCAACAUACAUAAACAAUCUAGAUUCGAACAACGUCAUCUUCACGCUUGUUCAACAUGUAAUGAAUGAUUUAAUGGCACUACUUUUUAGUCCAGGAAAGCUAUUCUCUCGUGGUCAAAGCUACGUUGCCCAAGACAUCGACCUAAUGAUAGACUGUUUUGUUAGCUGUUUUCGCAUUGAACCUCACAACAACGAAGUACUUAAAGUCUGCUUGAACCUGAAUUUUCCAUCGACAUACCAGUUUGUCUUGGUUAGCUCAUUAUACAAAAUUAUAACUCAACCAAGACUGCCGUGGUGGCCUCAAAUAGAUCUUCUGUAUUCAUGUAGUACAGAACUUAGGAAUAUGUUUACCGAUGUUUUAAAUAAAGUGACACAGAGUUACAUAUCACACACACCAUUGCGAAUGAUUCAAAGUUUAACGCUCAAAAGUAAAGAACAGAAUAAGUAUAGAGACCGUGGAGAAGAAAUAUUCAGUUACAGAAAUUUAUUAUCAUGGAUGGUAAAGCUUAUUCAUGCUGACCCUAUGUUAUUGCUGAAUAACCAAGGGAAAGCUGGUCACGAAAUACAAAGUUCCACAUUAGAAUUAAUUAAUGGUUUAGUUUCUUUGGUUCAUCAACCGACUAUGCUGGAUAUAGGAUACGAAGCAAUGGAAGCAUUAUUAGUAUUACAUCAUCCAGAUAAAAUAAAAGCAUGGAAUCCAGAAGCUCCAAUUAAUACAUUUUGGGAUGUUAGUUCACAAGUUCUGUUCUCGAUUUGUCAAAAAUUGAUUCAACAUCAAAUUGUUAAUUACACUUGUAUACUAAAAUGGCUUAGAGAAAUACUGAUUUGUAGAAACACUUUUCUAGCACAGCACAAGGAUUACGCGAAUGUGGGUAGUCAGAUUGCUAUCUGUAAGCAAGCACAUAUUAAACUGGAGGUUGUACUUUUCAUGUAUUUGUGGAGUACAAAUAUGGAAGCGGUUUUGGUAUCAAUGUCUUGUUUUGCAUUGCUGUGCGAGGAAGCGGAAAUACGUUGCGGUAGCGAUGAAGUAGCCGUAACUUGUUUACUUCCUAACUAUCAUUUGUAUCUUGAAUUGGCACAAGCUUCUACUGUGUUAAUCACUGCCAGCGGGGAAAGUAAAAUAUGUUAUCACGAUCAUAAUCAUGGACGAGCUGCUUUACAGAAAAGAAUUAUGGCCUUAUUGAGGAAGAUAGAACAUUGUGUAAACGGUGUACAACCCGCUUGGGAAGAAACAUUUAGAAAUUGGGAGAUAACAUCUCGACAGUUAGUGAAUUAUCCUAAAUCUAAACUGGAAGAUGGUCAAAUGGAAUUUCACCGAAAUGCAGGAAAGCGUAGAGCAUCGCAUCAAAAUUCGGAACACGAAUUAGAGGAACAAAUUAACGAGUGGGCAAAUAUGACGGGAGUUCUCUGUGCUUUAGGCGGAGUGUGUUUACAAAAACGUUCCACGAAUAGGCCAUUAUCUGGGAUACCGCUAAAUCCGGAACUAAAAAAAUGUUCCGCAAAACAGGAACAUUGUUUAUCAAAUUCAAGCCAAGAAGUUCAAUAUUGCACGCAGUUUGUUUUUAAUUUGUUGCGUUUGCUAAUUUGUAACAAUGAAAAGUUUGGCAAUCAAAUUCAGAAACAUGUGAAGGAACUGGUUGGUCAUGAAAUGAGUCCUGCGUUGUAUCCAAUACUUUUUGAUCAGAUCAAAAGCCUAGUUGAGAAAUUCUUUAAUCAAGAUGGACAAGUUGUAGUAACGGACGUUAAUACGCAGUUUAUCGAACACAUCAUUUUUAUCAUGAAAAAUAUAUUGGAUUCAAAGACAGAACAACCUUCUGAGUACCUUGGAAUGACCAGCAUAGAGGGAAUGAUGUUAGCAAUCGUCAGAUAUGUUAGACAUUUGGACAUGACUGUACAUUCUAUACAUAUUAAAACAAAAUUAUGUCAACUUGUCGAAGCAAUGAUGAAAAGACGAGACGAUUUAGCAUUUCGACAAGAAAUGAAGUUCAGAAAUAAACUUGUGGAAUAUUUAACCGAUUGGGUAAUGGGCGCUACCCAUCAAAUUACCCCAUCAAGCAGUGGAGACUUAACUGUUUACACUAGUUCACUUUCUAGAGAUUUGGAUCAAGCUUGUAUGGAAGCAGUUGGAGCAUUGUUGCGAGGUCUUCCUCUACAACCGGAAGAAUCUGAUCGCGGUGACCUGAUGGAAGCAAAAUCCCAAUUAUUUUCAAAGUAUUUUACUCUGUUCAUGAACUUAUUCAACGACUGUAAUGAAGCUGCUGCAGAAGAAAAGGAGCUUUCAUCUCAACAACCACGUGUAAGCAGUGGCAAAUUGUCUACGUUGCGGAACGCGACCAUACAAGCAAUGAGCAAUCUUCUUAGCGCGAAUAUUGAUAGCGGUUUGAUGCAUUCAUUAAGUUUGGGUUACAAUCCUGAUUUGCAAACACGAACAGCGUUCAUGGAAAUUCUCACUAAGAUUCUUCAGCAAGGAACAGAGUUCGACACAUUAGCGGAAACAGUAUUAGCCGACAGAUUUGAACAGUUGGUUCAACUUGUCACAAUGAUCAGCGAUAAAGGAGAAUUGCCUAUCGCGAUGGCUUUAGCUAAUGUUGUGACAACGAAUCAAAUGGAUGAGCUGGCUCGAGUAUUUGUGACAUUGUUCGACGCGAAACAUUUAUUGUCGCCGCUUUUAUGGAAUAUGUUCUACCGUGAAGUCGAAGUCUCCGAUUGUAUGCAAACGUUAUUUCGGGGAAACAGUCUCGGUAGCAAAAUUAUGGCGUUCUGUUUUAAAAUUUACGGCGCCAGUUACCUGCAAAACUUAUUGGAACCAUUGAUUACACCGCUAUUAGACGAUACAACAACUGGCUUUGAAGUCGAUAGCGCGAGAAUGGAUACCACCGAAGAUAUAGAAGAAAAUGGGCGUAAUCUGAUAGCGUUAACGCAGAAAGUGUUCGACGCUAUAGUGUCUUCAGCUAAUCGAUUUCCACCGCAAUUGCGGUCUAUGUGCCAUUGCCUCUAUCAAGUGCUAAGCAAAAGAUUUCCUCAAUGCCCGCAAAAUAAUAUCGGUGCUGUAGGGACAGUAAUAUUUUUGCGUUUCAUUAACCCAGCUAUUGUAUCACCUCAAGAAAUGGGUAUUGUAAAUCAACCUGUACCACCUCAAGUAAAAAGAGGCCUGAUGCUGAUGUCUAAAAUACUUCAAAACAUUGCGAAUCACGUGGAAUUCAGCAAAGAACAGCACAUGCUACCCUUCAAUGACUUUUUGCGAGCACAUUUUGAAAUUGGCAGAAGAUUUUUUAUUCAGAUAGCUUCGGAUUGUGAGACGGUCGAUCAGGCUAGUCAUCCAAUGUCGUUUGUAUCGGAUGCUAAUGUUCUAGCACUGCACAGAUUGCUUUGGAAUCAUCAAGAAAGAAUUGGUGACUACCUUAGCAGUAGUCGAGAUCAUAAGGCAGUUGGAAGAAGACCUUUUGACAAAAUGGCCACGUUAUUGGCAUACCUCGGACCUCCCGAACAUAAGCCCGUAGAUUCACAUCUGGUAUUCUCCUCAUCGUACGCUCGAUGGUCAAGCAUCGACAUGUCCUCAACUAAUUUCGAAGAAAUUAUGGUGAAGCACAACGUGCACGAAAAAGAAGAAUUCAAGAGCAUCAAGAAUCUAAACAUCUUUUACCAAGCAGGAACUAGCAAGCAAGGAUAUCCUAUAUUCUACUACAUAGCUAGACGUUAUAAAACGUGUCUCGGCGACACGCAUGACGAGCUGCUGAUAUAUCACGUUAUCCUCACUCUAAAACCGUUCUGGCAUGCCCCGUACGAAUUGGUUGUCGACUUCACGCACACGUGUUCAGAUAAUCGGUUUAGAACCGACUUUCUGCAAAAGUGGAUGUACAUGUUACCGAAAACCGCCUACGACAAGAUUCACGCCGCCUACAUUUACAACUGCAAUAGCUGGGUUAGAGAGUACACGAAAUUUCAUGACAGAAUCCUGGCACCAUUGAAGAACAACAAAAAAGUGAUCUUCCUCGAUGGGCCUAGUCGUUUGAACGACAUGAUCGACGUUGACCAACAAAAACUGCCUGGUGCUACGCUCUCUCUUGAUGAGGAUCUAAAGGUCUUCAACAGCGCUUUGAAACUCUCUCACAAGGAAACCAAGGUAUCCGUGAAAGUUGGACCAACCGCUAUACAAAUAACAUCUGCGGAACGAUGUAAAGUGCUGUCACACUCCGUUCUCCUAAAUGAUGUUUAUUAUGCAUCGGAAAUUGAAAAAGUCUGCUUACUAGACGACAAUCAGUUCACGUUGACUAUCUCGAAUGAAACUGGCCCAUUAUCUUUCAUCCACAACGAUCGCGACAGCAUAGUUCAGGCUAUAAUUCACAUAAGGAAUCGGUGGGAAUUGUCACAACCCGAAUCUGUGUCCGUUCACCCAAAAAUCAGGCCUAAACACGUACCUGGGACUUUGUUGAACAUGGCUUUAUUGAACCUCGGUAGCUCAGACCCUAAUCUGAGAACAGCGGCAUACAAUCAGCUGUGUGCUCUGACUGCGACGUUCGAUUUAAAAAUAGAAGGACAAUUAUUGGAGACGUCUGGACUUUGCAUACCAUCGAACAACACGAUAUUUAUCAAGCACCUCAGCGAAACUUUGGCUACCAAGGAUCCACAUCUUACCCUGGAGUUUCUAGAAGAGUGUAUCCAAGGAUUCAUAUUAUCGAGCAUCGAACUGAAACAUCUGUGUCUGGAGUACAUGACACCGUGGUUAAAUAACCUCGUGCGGUUUUACAAGCCCAACGAUGGAGGAGGAAAACGUCAGAAGCAAGUUACAAAGAUUUUAGAAAAGUUGAUCACGUUAACCAUUGAGGAAGUGGAGAUGUAUCCAAGUAUACAAGCCAAGAUUUGGAGCACGAUUGGAAAAUUGCCAGAUUUGAUAGACACUGUCCUGGAUAAUUUCAUUCAACGCAGUGUCAGUUUCGGUGUUGAGUCACCGACAGUUGAAAUUAUGGCUGAUACAGCGGUAGCUCUAGCGUCCGGGAAUGUUCAGUUGGUAGCGAAGAAAGUGAUAGGGAGACUUUGUCGAGUUGUAGAUAAGACGUGUAUCUCUCCGACUCCUCUGUUAGAGCAACACACAAGCUGGGAUGAUAUCGCGAUUCUGGCGAGAUAUUUACUGAUGUUGUCUUUCAAUAACUGCCUGGAUGUGGGGAAACAUCUGCCGUAUUUGUUUCACAUGGUGACGUUUCUCGUUUGCUCCGGGAGCCUGAGCAUGCGGGCGUCCACUCACGGGUUGGUCAUCAACAGCAUUCACUCUCUUUGCACCUGUAGUUCUCCUUCUUUUUCAGAGGACACUCACAGAAUACUGCGAAUGAGCCUGGACGAGUUCUCCCUUCCGAAGUUUUAUUUACUGUUCGGUAUUAGCAAAGUGAAAUCUGCUGCGGGUACAGCAUUCAGAUCUAGUUAUAGACACUCGAGCGAGAAGUGGCUUGGCAACGAGCGCAGUAUCGCCAGCGUGCACGACAAAGAGAGGCUCUCGUUGACUAGCUUAGAGAUUAUCACGGACGCCCUCCUUGAAAUAAUGGAGGCUUGUAUGCGAGACAUUCCACAGUGCGACUGGUUGAAAACUUGGUCCUCUUUGGCGAGGAAUUUCGCUUUCUGCUUUAAUCCAGCUCUUCAGCCGAGAGCCCUGAUCGUUUUCGGAUGCAUUAGCAAGAGUAUAACCGAUCAAGAUGUGAAACAGUUGCUGAAGAUACUGGUGAAAGCGUUGGAAAGUUUUAACGAUAUCACCUUGCUUGAAGCAAUUAUCAUGUGCCUCACUCGGUUACAGCCGUUACUGAGAACAGAAUCACCAAUACAUCGAUAUUUAUUUUGGGUCGCAACAUCGGUUCUUCAGUUGGACGAAGCAUCUUUGUAUGCAUGUGGUUUAGCACUUUUGGAACAGAAUUUGCAUACUUUAGAAUCUCAAGGAACUUUCGACGAUAAGACCCUGGAGCACGUUAUGAUGUCAACUCGCGAACCGUUAGAAUGGCACUUCAAACAAUUGGACCAGGCCGUGGGACUGUCUUUUAAGUCCAAUUUCCAUUUUGCGUUGGUUGGACAUCUCUUGAAAGGAUAUAGACACCCUACACCGACUACUGUGACGAGAACAGCUAGAGUAUUCACUAUGUUACUAGGUAUCGUAGCGAAACCAUUCAGAAGGGACAAGUUUGAAGUAACGCCAGACAGCGUAGCUUAUUUGGCUGCUUUGGUAUCCGUAUCCGAAGAAGUGAGAAGUAGAUGCCAUAUUAGACAUUCAGUUACCAAAAAUGCAGAAUCUGGUAGUACAGAUUGUCUUGAUAAUUUACUUCCUCAUAAUACAUUACAUGUUCAUAAACAGGACACGUCAAGUGCAACGUCUAGCAAUCCUACAAAUCGCCGACAAAAAUCAUGGGAUUUACUGGAUCAAUCCGCACUUACCCAAGCUAGACAACAGAAACAAUAUUCAACGCAUCAGACUGGACGGAUUUUAUUUAAAACGCAGCGAUCGUUUUCUGUACCGACUGCAAAGGAAACAAAAUCCACUGAGGAAACGGAACCAAAGAAUCGAAGUGCCAGAGUAAGUGUCAGCAACGAAAACAAUGUAUUAUUGGAUCCAGAAGUGCUGACAGACUUUACAACUCAAUCUUUAGUUUUAACUGUUUUGGUUACGUUGGUAAAAAAUUCUACAGAUGAAAGUGAGCAACGAUUUCUUUAUGAAUAUCUUGCUGAAGCAUCUGUGGUAUUUCCAAAGGUAUUUCCAGUAAUUCACAAUCUACUCGAUGCAGAAAUUAAUAGUGUUUUGUCUUCCUGUCACGAUCAAGGCAUACUAAAUUCUGUGCAAGCAAUUAUACAAAAUAUGAUUGCGUGUGAAGACACAACUCAGCAGCAGUUACAUUAUUUACAAAGUUGUGGAUUCGGAGGAUUGUGGAGAUUUGCAGGUCCAUAUACAAAUUCUAAUUGCACAGCCCAAAAUGCUCAGUUAUUCGUGAAUUGUUUACAAGCAAUGAUAAAGACAUGUUUGCCAGUUGAUGAAACCAAAGGAUCGAACAGUAACGAAGUUCCAACGGAAAAAAGUAAACGAACAGAUACCCAAGUUUCAGAGGUCACAGCGAAAUGCAAAAGUUCUAAACUAACUAACAGAGCCAACGCGCGUACAUUUUCAGAAAGAACGGAUGACAUUUCUCGAAGUACUACAACUGUUGUUCACAGAGAUCGCAGUACAGAAAGUAGAGGAGAUACAUCACUGGAUUCUACGAAUCAAGGAGGAAACGCUAGUAGUAGUAGCAGUUCACAACCUUAGCGCUUACUGUGUGAACUGAAAAAACAGUGCUGUAAACAUGGGCGAAAAGGGCAAGUUAGUCGGAAAUUGCAACGACAACUAAGGAACGCAAACAUUUUGGCUCCGUGUUAUUGCUGCAACAUGUCAAAUCAGUUUAAUCCAAUGCCGUCCACCUCACGUUAAUGAACCCACUGGAAUGGAAUCCAAUACGCAUUACUCGUCGGUAGACUCUUCUUUUAUUCGUUAGCGGUACAAAUAUUAUUCUCCCAAUUCAGAACUCGCGAGCGCUAGACUAAACGACAACGGCAACAACGUGGAACGUAUGGAUAUUAAUAUAUUCAUAAAAAUAUUAAUUGGUUGUUAAUAAAAGUUGAAACUUGUAUAAGUGCCUUUAGUAAGCUCGAAUACUUUUUGCACGGUUCCUGUACAUUUAACUCAAACGAAAUAUUCAGAUUUAACCCUAGAAAGAUACACGUAUUUUAUUGAAAUAUAUAUUUGAUUACAGUAGAUUGUAUUUUUUGAAUAAGUAUCCUACAGGUAAAGGAUAGGGUUCAUUUUAGUUUUUUUUAGUUUCGAACAUCUGCUCCAGUUAUAUUUUGUUAUUCUUGAUUAGAAUACCGGGUUAUUUGGUAGUGGGUUAUUAUUUGUUGGUAUAAUAAUUGGAGUUCUUGUUAUAAUAACAUCUUGUUUGUAUUUUACUUUCGCUGGACACGUAUUGCCUCAGUGUUAACUGAGGUUCAACCAUUAACUUGAAGCCUAGUCGGUUGAGCGAUAUGCUCACCAACCAAAAUGGCAGCAUCAACGGUCAUCUCUAGACCAGUAAUAUUGUGUUUUGACGCCCACACUGGGACGACCACUCCACGAUUAACUACAAAGUCGAAGUCGUAGAAUAGUAACGACACAUCUGGCACAGAAACUUCAACGCUGUUACCACAAGCUUCACGGCACCAAGUCGUACGCGUUGCUCGAGGUUGAGCGGAUGGUGGGAUAUUAACACUAGAUUCACGGAACGAGUCAAUUUGACUCAAACUGAAUUUUAUAAACAUUAUUUGGUAAAUGUUUGGAUCGAUUUUUCUUAACGCAGUUAUGCAAAUAUGUAUCCUAAUUGUCUACUCUUAAACCUCUAAUUUCUGAGAUCUAAAUGAACAGAUAACAAUUUUCCGAAGAACAAUAGAACAAACUGUACAGUAAAUGUCAGUAAAUCUAGUGUUAAACGUUGCGUUUACACACAUGGGAGACAAGGGUGGAUUUUGAAGCCAUUCCGUUCUAAAUAAAAUUGGAAAGGAAGCUUCGCGGCACUCGACUAGCUACACGGGUCAAAAGGUUACUGUAUGAACAUCCUGUGACAGAUUAUCAACGCCGUAAUCCUGAGGCCAGAUGAUGUCGGCAUUCAUUAAAACCCAACCCUGUUGGGCGACCCACUGAGCACCAGGAAUUAGACUUAAAUUAUGAAAUCCGGAUCCGAAAGACGCUGUAGCGUACGACCUUUUUUAUCGGGAUAAAGAUAUAGAGUGGCUCUUUCCCCAUCGUCGGUUCGUUCCAAAACUGGAAAGGAAUGCCAAAUGUCAGUCCCUUGAACCUUCCCAACGCCGCACAUAAUGUUGUACGUUGACCUGACACUUGGGUCACAGUUGCCAAUACUUGGCGCAGCUCUUCUGAAAAGACGAAAGGAGUUGUGACGUCGAAAGACGACGUCUCUCCUUGUACGUAUAGCGCUUAAUACACCUUGUAAUACACAAGGCACAACACCACACGAUAGUAUUGGCAGAUAUUACAGAUCUCUUCAAUCUGUGCUCGAUUCCAGGUGGUACACAGGCGACUGUAUUCCGCCACCACGGCGAAACCAACUCCCCUGGUUGCAACGGGGAGGGAAACGGUCGAUCUCUGAACAUUAAUCGCAAGAAUGCUUAACACGUUCGCUACCAGCGUCACAUAUUUGUGACGGCCGUAAUCCUAUAUUUUACACAAUGAAAAUGAAAUUAAUUCUAUAGACAUUGUUGUUAUAAAUUAUAAACUACAACAUUAUAUUUAGGAACUCCAUAACUCGUUUCAGUUUCAUUUUUCUAAUAUUUUGUUUAGAAGAUUUAUUGGAUUGAAGAAAAUAUAAUUGUGUUAAUGACUUCUCAAGCUUGAGGGUAGAAUCAUCAUAUACACUCAAUAUCUUCAUAACGAUUUUUCACGCCUCGUUAGCCUGUUUCGCUGAUACACGCUCGCGGAAAGAGUCAGUUUUCCUAGCUCGCGACUGUUUCCCAGUCUUUUUAUUGGUCUUCGUCUUUGCUGCAGGAGCAACUUCCGAUGUGGUUGCCACCUAGAAUACUUUAUCUUGGCUAAAUGGUUAAAUGGCUUUGUUCCGUAUUAUUCGACUCGGUUCAAAGUGUUUUCAAAAUGUAUAUAUGAAGAAGUAUAUAUUAAUUUUACAGAAUCACUUUGUCUUCAAUAAAUUGUAUUUUAUUAUUUUAUGUAUCGUUUGUAAGAUAUACUUGUAGCAGUUCCCUCUUGUAGUUAAUCUCACAUUUUUUAAUGAAAUUUUUUUUCCAUUUUGUUUAUUUUAUACUUUUCAUAGUUUUAUCUUCUAUGUAAAUUUCUUCCGUCAAUAUAUUUUCUAUUUCAUUUAUUCUUCUUCUUCUUCUUCUUCUUUCCUUAUUUAACAUCGCAUCGACAUCUUGGUCAUUAGCGACGUCUAUGUGUUUUACUGGUUAGAUUACAUCCUCAUGUCCUUUUAUGUCUGUAACUUGUAUGAAUUUUAGUAAGUUGGAUUUGUUUUGUUCUGAUUUAUAUAUUUCAUUAAUUCUUUUGGGAAUUUGGUAUCGUUUCCGGAGCUCGUCUAAUUUGGUGCAUUUUAGGAUGAUGUGUCGGACAGUCAGUGGUACAUUGCAGAAUUCACAACGUGGGGGGAUUUCGUUUUGUAGGAGGUGCUUGUGUGUUCAAUUAUCAGUCUAAGCAAUUUAACUUGAUAUCUUCUAUUGCUUGGUAAUUCAGGAAGAAGACUGGAGUGUUGUAGUUAUUUCGUGUGGUUUUGUAAAGUUUAUAGAUGUCCAUUUGUGUUCCUACCUUUGAAAUAUUUGGUGUUUGAUGUAUUUUUUAAUAUUCUCUGAUGGUUCGUUCUCGUUGUUAAACGACAGCAGAGUUGCUUGUUCGAAAGUCAUGGGAGGAGAUCCAUGCGAUAGUGAUUGAAGAUCCUUUGUUGAUCAUAUCUGUGAAUCUUUUUGUUUGCUUGCAAUUAUUUCAUUUUCAUUCUGUGGGUUUUGUGUUGCAGUAAUAACACUCAGGGAGUCACUGAAGAUGGUGCAUUUCUUGAUCUGUAAGCAUGGGUCUUAUAGUUACACAUUUAUUAUUACGAUUGAUUUCUGUAGAGUGGUUACUUUCACGGCUGUUUCCUUUUUAUCGAGAUACACACAUAUACGAUUGUUGGAAAUCUUCGAGAUGUAUCAUAUAGCUUCGAGGCCCAUUAUUUUUCCUGUUGCGUGUGCGUACUCUUGUUAUUUUAUUUCGUCAAUCGCGUGUAUGAUAAUAGCUUGUUCUUUAGAGGGUAAACAGUCGACUUUUGCUGCGUGAGAAUAGGAUUUUAUGGAUGUGGAAUUGGUUUGAUUGAUUUCAGUUAAGUUAGACGCCAUGGGAUCUCUGUAUUCAGUGGUCGCGUGGUGUUUCCAUUUGGAAUGAUAUGACCUGCGUGUGAGUACGCGGUGUUUACACUGAUGUCACUAGCACUAUCUUAGCAUGUGUGAGUGGGAACACGCGAGAUCGACUAUAUAGGAUGUCCGUACGGUUCCUCGGUUUGCCCGGAAUUGUAUUUCAUUUAUUGAAUAUCUCUUACAAAAGAAAUACAAUUAAUUAAUUUCGGAAAUGUUCCAGUAUGGAUGAGCUGCUACCAAUAAGAAACAUGCAUUCAUUAUAGUUCUGAGGAUUUAAGUUAUCUAGUAUCGAAGGCAUAAGUGACAAUAAGUAUGUUUUUGUAAAUUUUCAAAAUGAGAAAAAUAAUAUAAUUUCUAUAUUUUCUAACUAGUGGGCAGAAGGAGCUCCUCUUCCUUUGAUUUUUCUAGGGUUAAUAAUAUUUUAUAUUGUAAACAUGCACAGAAUGUACACAGAUAUAAUUAAUAUUGUUAUUUUUGAGUCUUAAAUGAGACAUUUAUUAAACGUUAUUUUAAUUGUGAUUUAAUAUAAGUGAAAGGGUAUAAAUGUAACAAUCAGUUGAACAGUACACAAGGGUUGGCAAACCGAAAACCCUAAUAUAUUAAUAUCCAUGCAUAUUUGUUUUUAUCUUUCUUGCUUGUUAAUGCGCUCACGAGUUCUAAAUGCAGUAUAUAUUCCUGUAUGAACGGUCUACAAUUCUGUAUUACUUUAAAAUUCGCUUCCAACUCGACGACUAACUAUAAAUUUGUAUCUAUAACAACAGAACCUACACAAUGAACGGUCAAACCGUUGGCCUUUAUUGUGUAGUGGGCCUAUACGAUUCUUGAACGGAGAAUUAUAAAAUAAUUUAACCAGUUAACAUAGUUUGUAGUGUCACGGUAGAGGUGAGAUGUUUAUCCAAAUGUUUCUAACCCUUUACAGCUAAAUAUUUUUAUAUCAUAGACCGAAUCUGUUUCUAUAUCCGAACAGAUUUAAUAUAGUCCCGUGUUGUUAGAAUAAAAUUUAUUAUAUGCAUAGUUUAUCAGAGAAUUCUAAUUCCAUGUACAGCUAUAAAGGGUUAAACGCGUUUAUUUUUCAUUUCAAUGUACAGUAGUGGAGGGAAAAAAAAAUAACGGUAUUUUGUGACAAACGUUCAGUUCCAUUUCUUAGACCUGAUUGCGGCAUACGAAUACAGAGAGAGUAUGUAGUUGUUAAUGUAAGAAUACCGUGAACAAGAGAGAUGAACACUCGACGAAUUGAAACGAAUGUAUUCUACCGGAAGUUCACUGGAAACGACGACAGGAAAAGUUUCACCGAAACGACAAUGAGUGUUCAAGAUGCAUACAUAAAACAAAUAAAAACAGAAGUUUUCUACGAGCAUAGAGAUCUAUUAUAUCGAGAGAAAGAAAGAAAGAGAGUGAGUGUGCGUGUGUAUGUGUGCGAGAAAGAGAAAAAGUGAGAAUAUGCGUGUGUGAGAAAGGGAGAAAGCGAGAAUAUGCGUAAGUCAGAAAGAGAGAAAGUGAGAAUAUGCGUGUUGAGAAAGAGAGAGAACGUGAGAAUAUGUGUGUGUGAGAAAGAGAGAGAGAGAGAGAGAGAGAAAAAGAGAAAGAAAGAAGAAUGUGUUCGUGCGAAUAAUCACGAAUAUUCACGUUGUCAGAUGUAUCACAAGGAGAAUGCAUUUCGUUCAGAAUAGAAUUCUAGAGCAGUGCAGAAUCCCGCAAAGAAUUUUUAUUUAGUUUUAUAUUUAUUAUUUGAGUGUAAUUUUAUUAAAAAAAGAAAAGGGAUAAAAAAAACGAAUACAAAUAAUAAGAUAUAUGUAUGCGUUCUGCGGAAACGCGAUCACUGAGAACUUUGAUAACUUUCUCUUUGAUAGAAUUUCAGGAGGGUCGGAACUCACCUCCUGGAUACUAUAUAUAAUAGUGUAGGUUCAACCCCUUGCGCUUGGCUCGUAAUUGUAUGUAUGGCGACUGAACGUUAAGUAUCAUGAAUCAAAAAUGAUGUUCUAUUGCGUUGAAACCUGUUACGGAGUAUUUGUUCAGCAACGGUGAUACAAUAAUUUUCAUAAAAAAGUUCUUCAUAAGUUCCCCUGGACUAUAUCGAUUGAGAAAUUGAUAAUUUCACCACCGGAGUUUCUAAAACAUACUUGAAUACAUAACUAAAAACCGCAAUAAUUUAACCCUUAUGUCAAUAACCAGUAUUAAACUAACGACUUCCCUUUCAGAAUACUUCUACAGUCUGUUUCAACAUCUUCAUAGUGACAAGAAAUUCAAAUAAAAGUUAACUUUAAAUAUCAUUAACGUAUUAAAAGAUGCCUAGUAAUAUAAAUAAACAAGUAAACUAUUUCUAAUCAAUUUUUCUAUUCUGUCCAGUCGUCUAUAUGUUCCAUUAUGCGAAUAUCGAAUAUCUUUGUUAUUCUCAAACAAGUGCAUAAAUAAUUUUGGGAUCUAUAUGUAAAACUUUUAACUUAUAUUUGCAUGCAAUGAAUGCAAAUCUAAAGCAAUUUUAUGAUUACUCAACGAAGAACCUGGGUUGUUGACACAAGGAUUAGUUUAAAUAUUAAAUAUUAGAUAUUGAAUAUCGAAUAUUAAAUCUUGGUUAUUAAAUAUUAAAUAUCAGAUAUUAAAUGUUAAAUAUUAAAUGUUACAUUUUUAUUAACGGCAAUAUCGUAUGACACUGCAAGGAAAUUUUGCGCGAAAGAUCUUCCAAGGAAAAAGCAAGAAGUAAGCAUCAGGGGGUUGAUAAAGCGACGAUGCUCUGGACCAGCAUGCGUCCGGUGCAUCGAUGCGUCGAUUUUCGUCUGAAGACGCUCGAGCAAUCGGACGGUUAUUUCUAGAGUUCUCUAAAACGAAACACCAAUGAUUCUAUUGUCUACUACUUAUUAAAGUACAAAGCGAGACCACGCGUUAUAUUUUCCCCCGCAGUGUGCGCAAAGGCACUAAUGGGAGAAAUUUCUAAUUAUUAGCGAUUAG